UGGGCUCAGUGUGGCAUGGUUAGAGUCUUCAGAAACACACCUGUUUCCUGGCUGUGCGGCCACCUACUACCCCUGUGUCCAGGAACUGCCACUCUGGCCCUGCAAGUCAGUGGAGCGCAGGUGGUGGGCUUGGAGCAGGAAAGCACUGCAGCAGGAUGUCUCCGGCAGAAACUCUAUCCUGAAGAUCUGGCCUUUGGAGCCUCAACAUUUCCACAUCAGUAUUUGUCUUCCGAGAUGGCUCUUCAUCCAUACACCCAUCCUCCUUACCCUCUGGAGUCCACACACAGUGUUUGCCCAGUGCCUGGCUCCCAGUAUGAUUACAGCCAACCCAGUCGUUACCGCGGGUCUCAAACGGCGAAGCCUCGGUAUGAGCAUGGGUGCCCUCUCCCACAAGACACAAAAGCUCCGUUUAAGAAAAAAACAUAUGAUGAGCAAAAGUUUGCCAAUAAGAAAGCUGAUGGAACUAUAUCAUCUGAUAUAAAACCAGUGAAAGGCUCACAUUAUAUGUCCUAUCGUGCUGACACUAAUUUGAAAUCAGAUGGUUAUCAUAAACGAACAGACAAGAAACCCAGAAUCAGUGAAAAAUGCGGACCUCCCUCCAAACCUGGGUUUGAAUUUACCAGGUUGGAUUUUCCUAAACUUCAGGGUGCAGAGAACAGUGAGAUAUUAGAGACACCAAAACAGCCCAAGUGGGGGCCUUCACACUCUGCCUCCACGGACACUUCCCUCGGGAGAGGAGUGGGGAAGCCUGCUCCACAGUCAGCAGAGGGUGAAACAGUGGUGGAAAAAAAUAAGCUGACUGACUCUGUAACUGAUAAUGCUGCUACCAGUCCCUCUUCAUGUACAAGAGAGUUAUCCUGGACGCCAAUGGGUUAUGUUGUCCGUCAGACAUUACCUACAGAACCGCCACCAGUCCCUAGAAAUGUUACUUCCGUGAUAAACCUAAAGACGGUUGUUUCAUCAGCAGAUCCUAAAAAUAGUAGCAUAUCAUCUUCUCAAGCUUUAUUUUCGGGUCCUCCCUACCAUCGAGAGAAACCCAUCGUCUGCUCAACUAAAAAGUCCAAAGCAUCACAAAGUGGUGAUUCUGAGCAAAAUGAAGCCUCAAGAAAAACUAAGAAAAAGAAAGAAAAGUUUAAAUCUAAAUAUGAAGUCCAGACAGCUCCAGAGCCACCGAGGAUCGAAGAUGUCGAAGAGUUUCCCAAUCUGGCGGUCGCAUCUGAAAGAAGAGACAGAGACAGAGUAGAGUCACCAACAUUUCGAUCUAAGGAGCAGCCACAGAAUAAUUUUAAAAGCAGUGGAAAGAAGAGUCAAAUUCCAGUACAGCUGGAUUUGGGGGGGAUGCUGACAGCACUGGAGAAGCAGCAGCGCUCCCAGAAUGCAAAGCAGUCCUCCAGACCAGUGGUGUUUUCAGUCGGGGCAGUUCCUGUUCUCUCCAAAGAGGCCACGUCGGGGACGAAGGGCCACCGCUUCAGCCAGGCAAAGACCCCGCACAACCCCUUGGACUCCAGUGCCCCCCUGAUAAAGAAGGGGAAGCAGAGGGAGGUCCCCAAGGCCAAGAAGCCGACCUCCUUGAAGAAGAUUAUUUUGAAAGAACGGGAGGAGAGAAAGCAGCAGCGUCUCCAAGAAAACGCCACGAGCCCAGCUUUUGCCAGUGACGAUGUGCAGGAUGUAGGGAGUGGUGCUGACCGCCUGACUCUGGAGCAGGCUCCAGGGGGAGCCUCAGCGUCAGUGUGCUCCAUCCCUGCGGUAGACAGCGAGUCAGAAGAACAGCCAGGAGCUGAGAUCCAUAAGGAGGCGGCGACCUGCUCCCUGGCCCCUGAAGGUGCCAGCUGCCCCAAGAUCCACAGCAGGAGAUUCAGGGAUUACUGCAGCCAGGUGCUCAGUAAAGAGGUUGAUGCCUGUGUCACGGAUCUGCUGAAAGAGCUGGUCCGUUUCCAAGACCGUAUGUACCAGAAGGAUCCUGUCAAGGCCAAGACCAAACGCCGGCUUGUGCUGGGGCUGAGGGAGGUACUGAAGCACCUGAAGCUCCGGAAGCUUAAGUGCGUCAUCAUCUCUCCCAACUGUGAGAAGAUCCAGUCUAAAGGUGGGUUGGAUGACACCCUGCACACCAUCAUAGAUUACGCCUGUGAACAGAACAUCCCCUUCGUGUUCGCUCUCAACCGCAAAGCUCUGGGGCGCAGCCUGAACAAGGCCGUGCCUGUCAGUGUGGUCGGCAUCUUCAGCUACGACGGGGCCCAGGACCAGUUCCACAGGAUGGUUGAGCUGACAGUGGCGGCGCGGGAGGCGUACAAGACCAUGCUAGAGAACGUGCAUCAGGAACUGGCGGUAGAGCCUGGGCCCUGGACCCCUGCUGGCCAGCCUGCGCUGGGCCCCAGCUGCUCUGCAGAAGAUGGCCCCCCGGCUUCUCCCAGGACAGAAGAGCCACACUACAUUGAAAUCUGGAGAAAACACCUGGAAGCCUACAGUCAGUGUGCCGUGGAGCUGGAAGGAUCACUGGAGGCUUCAACCUCUCAGAUGAUGCGCUUGAAUUUAUAAGGAGGCUUCUUCUG